AACACAAACAAGCUUUUGCUUGCCUUUCAAAUUUGAAAACAUACAUAAUACGUGCAUCGGGGCGUGCAUCAGAUUAGUUCUAGCUGCCCUUCUAUAACCAGUGGCUCAAUAUCGCGGUAUCGGAACAAAUGUACCGCACCGGUAACGAAUGUUGACCGAGUGUUCUCCACCAGCCAAUGAAUAUUCCCCGACGUCCUGUCUCGCUCGAGCAAAAACGUGUGUGUUCAUAUUCGGUACUACGCGGCGCGCUCGUUCAUCAUCUUGAUGGUUUUGUGGCAUGUGACGAGUGACCAGCUCGUGGAAAUGAGUUUCGACACUAUCGUGAAAGUCGCGCGUAAACUUCUGCUCUGCUUCCGACAGUCUUUUUAAAUUGCGCGGUCUGCUAGACUCCACUUCAAGGACGUGAGACGCGUAUGUUUCCAGCUUUUGUAAUCUACACCGCAGAUAGCUAGCCACUAUGAAUCUGAUGCGUUCCACCUCCAUCCGGUGUACGAUGUAGAGCAGAUCGUUCUUGUUUGCCGUUGCUAGAUUUUCCUCCAUGUGCACCAGCUGUAUCAUGACCAUUUCCACCAGCGCCUCUUCAUAGGGUAGCACAUCCGGGGCAAACUUCUCAUUUAUCCAGGCACGUUGAAGAGCUUCCAAAACCUAACGGCAACACAAGAUGGAAUUAGGCAGGAGCUUUACAUUGUCCUUGUUAACCACUUUGUUGUUUACCUCUUGCGAGGACAUUUGGACUUCCUCCUCAUCGUCCUCAAACUCUUCGGCCCUACCGUUGCGCGAACCAUUCAGAUACAAAUCAGCCUCAGCACUUGUUCCAGGCUGGUUUUCCGAAUCUAAUUCACUACCUUCCAUCACGCAGGAAAGUUUAUUUAAAUUUGUUUGCGAUCAAAACACGGUAACCUAGUUUGUGCGCGGGAAUUGCGUGACAAGUUUUGAAUGCCGAAAGUGCAUCUGAACAGGUUGGACAAUUGAUGUUCGGCGAUUUUUUUUAUUUUGUCGUAUUUCACUCUUAACAACAAUCUUAUUUUUUGUGAAACAAUAAAAAUACAUUAGAAUAGAAUUUCUAUUGCUGCCUGAUUCGAUAAAUGUUUUUUAGUUAUCAUAAUGUGGAAAAAUGCAAUUGAUUUAUUUGACAUUUGCAUAUUGCUCUGCGCUGUCAAGUGAUGGUUUUUGACAUGACCUGAAUCACGAUCGAGUUUCACCAGAAGUUGUGGUGUGUUUACGAUGAUUUAGACGAAUAUAGGGAAUAAACUACGGUAGGAAAGCAACCUCGUGGAGACGAGCGUGAGUUGCAGCUAUUUUCAUAUACGGCUAGUGGUUAAAAUGUCGGCAAAAGCAUUGCAACAAUGCUUUCGGGUGGUGGUGGAGAAUGUGCUGAAUCGCUGGACAGCAUUGCGGCUCGCAGUAGAGCAUGGCAUGGGCGGCCCACUGGGGUUGAAUACGGCAAUAGAACUGAUCGACUACGUAACCUCGUACUGCACAGAAAAUAAGCAUGUUGACGCGAUCGAUUUACGCGAGGUGCUGGAAGAAAUAAUGGACCAAGAGUUCGAGACUAUUUGCGAGGAUGACUCUAUUCAAGAGGUCAGCGGAAUUUUAAUAAAGCACUUGCAAAUGCUGAAGGAAGGCAAGGAGGAAGAAGUGAGGGCUGAAAUUGACCAGAUGAUCCCGUGCGAAAUGUGGAUAGUGAGUGGAUCGAAAAUAAAAUAUCAGCAAAAGGCGGACAGCAGCGAUAGCGAGGAAGAUGCGAACGAGCACGAAGAUAUGGAAGUGGAGCCGGCAUCGGCGGCCGAUGAGUCCUCGGAAGUUAGUCCAAGCACAUACGGUUCCAGCACCAAGUUUAUCGAGGAAUCCAUUGACCCCGGAUGGACGCAGGUUCGUGGCCGUCGACGUCGAUAGUGUAGGUAUUUGUUGAUAUGAAAGUUGUGCUGUAAAUAUAAUAAAACGUGCAGAAACCAUGA